ACAGACUAUUAUCUAUAUGUCAGUUUGUAAAGUUAUAUUAUUAAAUACAAUAUGACUACGUAGAUAGGUAGUAGAAUCACACCCACGUUGAUUAGGAUGGAUCAGUUGGUGUACAUAGUUUGUUUAUUUAUGACGAUAUUUCAAUCUAUCGGUUUCUCUAUAAAUAUCAAAAGGUACGACAUGUGUAAGCCAUUCAAUAAAAAAACAAUUUAUACUGCAAUUGGAUCUCGAGGAAUCAUUUUUGCUAAAAAUGAUGUUUAUAACCGCUCAACAUUGAAUGAAAGUUUUUACAAACAAUGUUCUUUGCGCAUUAUCUCAUGUCCAUCGUGUAUGAUCAACUUACGUUUUAAAGACGUGAAUUUGCCGUGCACUAAUAAUAAUGCAAACGAAACGGAUUUUGUUUGUAAUUCUAUUUGUAUUUUUGAACCACCAUACUCAGCACGGUCUCUAAAAUGUGUAAAUAGUACUGUGAAAAAUUCGACCUUUCAUUACAAGUCUUUAACUAGUCAAGUAAAUUUAAAUUUCAUCAACAGACACCCGUACCAUAACCAUGCAUUUUCAGCUGAAUAUUUGAUUACCAGAAAUAUUCAAUUAGCGGAAAUAAAACCAGAAUUCAAUUCUGCAAAUAUUUUAUUCGGUGGAUACAUUAGUACUCCGUUCUUUCCUAUGUCUUAUCCAGACGAUUUAACAUUUGAACAGGUGAUCAAUUGUAAAAUGUAUGAAGAGUGUUUCAUACAUUUAAUUUUCGUGGAUUUUCAAAUUUCCGAAGAAUCAAUUGUCGAGUUUUACGAUUCGAAUAGAAAGAGAUUAGGAGUAAUUGGAGGAAUAACAUUUAGACCACCAGUUAUAAUAUCUUCUGGUCCAGUGUUGUAUAUUAAAUUCUUCGCUAAUGCUGGAUCUUCGAUUGGGUACAAGGCACAAUACUCCUACGUCAGAGGGGACGUCAAGAGUUCUAUUUUAAAACCAAAUACGAAUUGUGGUGGAUUCGUGGAAAAUAAAGGUGGGGCUAUUACAAUGAUGCAAAUGGUGGAAGAAUUUGAACCAAAUGUUCUGUUUGACUGUAUUUGGUUAUUUCGAAUAUCACAUAAACAUAAUUUUAAGUCACAAAAUUUGUACAUGAAAGUCAUAACGUUGAAAGAUCUAGUCGAGAGCAAUUUAGUCAUCAGAGAAGGACGCGUGUCAAACGGGCGUUUAUUGCAAUGGUUUAACGGAUCUCAUUGUACAGAAUUAGACGUAGCAAUCGAAAUCGGAUAUUAUGUCAGAUUGACCGGAACGUUCAAUUCCAGUUCUCGGCUAGAAAUCGCCUAUUCAGUCUUUGCUCAAUCUAGACCAUGCAGUGAGGCAAACGAAUUUGCAUGUAUGAAUGGACGCUGUAUACCGAACAAAUUGGAAUGUGAUGGUUUUGACCAUUGUGGUGACAAUAGCGACGAAUCUUCCCAGUGUUUUGAAGCCCACGACACUCAAUCGGAUUAUAUGGACAAAAGUUGGUAUGCAUACAAGUCGAACUAUUAUUUUCCAAAUAACACUUUGUAUUCGAAACGAUAUCACAUCCUUUUAGGAUGUUUUAUAGGUUUUAUAAUAUUUUUCAUAAUAGUUCUAAUGGUAGUCUAUAGAAUUGCCACAUGUUACCAUAUCCAGACAGAUUUUCAAAAUCGUCUCAUAUCCAUCAGUCAACUACUUUUGGAAGGAAUUCAACUAGAUGAUAACAGUCUGACUUCAGAAAUAGGAAGGAUAAAUUCAAAUUAUUUAAUUGAUGAACCACCAGCAUAUGAACAACCUCCGGAGUACGAGGCACCUCCAAAUUAUGAAGAAGCAAUAAAAAUGUACAAGAACUCAAUGAAAUAUAAACAUGACAAUAUAAAAACAAACUUAAUAGAUGAGGAAUUGAAUGAUAACAGUCAGUUAUUACACGUUAACAAAAAUCAAACGUCAUCAAAUGUACAUUUGAUAGAAAAUAAUAAUUUGUAUCCUCAUUGUUUAUGCUGUAGUCAAGGAAGUUAUCAUAUUUUAGCAUUAGACAUUAACAAUAUGAAUAGAUGUUGUUUGAAUAAAAUGUAUUCAUUAAGGAAAUUAACAAUAAAUAAUCAGUAUUAA